AUGGAUUCAAAUUUAAAUUCUUUCAAUCAGCAAAUUCUCAAUGAAGAUUUGAGUUUUGAAAUUAUUGACAACAAAGAUGACGAAAAAUCAGGCCCGAGGAUUAUGAGCCUUUCACCUUUAAGAUCAUUUAAGCCAACAAACCCAAAAUCAUAUAUUUCUCAAUCUGGAAGAGCGAAAAGAUCAUCUAGCCAAAAAAUUUCAAAAUUCAAGCCUUUGCGCAUCCCAAAUAGCAAUUAUAAAGCAGCUCGUCCACGAGGAUCAAUACUUUCCAUAAUACAUGAAGACCCAGUAAUUUCUAAUCUUAAUUUUACUCCUAUAAACACACCAACUGUCCCUAAUCUUAUAAGAAACCAAUCAACUGUUUCAAGAAGGGCCUUGACGAUUUCUACUCAGUCUUCUAUUUUCAGUCCAACUACCUUAUUUUCAGAAAAUUCCCCUAUCAAUAUCAUAAAAUCCCCUUUUGAACCAAUCAUUUCUACACCUACAUGCUCACAAAUCAGUCUUGAAGAAGCCAUUAUGAAGUCUGCGAAGCGUGUGAAGCUUUUAGCAUCAGGUAAAAGAAUUCGCGACACCAGCUGAACUGAAGUAAAAAUCAAAUCAGAGUCCACAAAAUUGGAAACUCCACAGCUGAACUCAGAAGAAAAAGAAAAUUUAAUUUUAAAAGAAAUGAGGUAUUCACAAAGCAAUUUAGAUUUGCUGUAUUCCCAGCCUAACUAUUCAGCAUAUAAGCAGAAAAAUGAAAACUUGAAAAGAAAAUUUGUGGAGAAAUUUGAAGAGGAUGACAAAUAUAAAUCAAAAAGAAUUAAAUACGAUUAA